AUGUCUUCUUCGUGUCGAGGUCGAGCGUUGACCAUCAUCGUGUUCGGGGUGCUUGGGAUCCUCGCGCCUCUCCUUAUCUUCGGAAACAUGAAGCAGAGUCGGCUGGCGCACCUCCUAUACCCAAUGUGCUUGAAGAGCGAUUCACCGCCAGAAGCUACCCCAUUUCGCCUUCGCUACACCGGCAUCCUGCAUAUCGACCAACUACUCUGCACCCUCGUUUCCUUCUUCCAGCCUGCGCUCGAUCCGUCGCCACUGCCCGUGCUCAAAUACUUCCUUGGAACGCAUGGGCCACUGGUUCUUAUCCCCCUAGUCGAGAGCAAAAGGAGGGGAAGCCGCUUCCCAGUUCGCGCGGCGAUGGUGAUGUGGGGAUUGUACCAGCUGAUAACAAUAGGCGUUGGCUCGCCGUGGUAUUGGUUAGGAUUCAUUCUCCACUCCAACCACAAUACGAGCAAGAGCUUCGACAUGCAAGCACUCCCGCGAAGCAAAGCCAAAGCCGUUGUUGCCAGUUUCAUUACAGGGAGCGUCCUCCCAUUUGCGGCGAUGAUGUUCUCGCAUGAUCCAUGGGCAACCGCAGCGUGGCAAGUGUUUCCAUUGCUCACUUGGAUCAGCGACGUCGUCUUCUCCAGGGUAUUCUCAACGCCAGAAGGAGCGGUUGUCAGAAGGAGCGGCACGGGGAUCAUCGGACGCGUUUAUGGAAUCGUCUUUGUGGUCUCGGCCGUGACGCAUGUCAAGUACGCGCAGUCUCUUCGGCUUUGGGAGCUGAGCAGCCAAGUUUCGCCAACGACUUCGAUCCGCGACGGGGUGGAUAUGUUCUUGAAGUGGGAUUUGCUGUUCGGCUACGGGACUUUCAUGCUGGGAAGCUGCUGGUUUGCCACGACCAGGAAAGAGUUGGCGCUGGUCAUCGUAUGGAAUAUCAUGGGCACCAUUGUAGUCGGACCUGGGGCUGUUCUUGCAGCGACUAGUAUAUGGAGAGAGUGUCGUGUAGAUGGAUUGAAUGUAGAUCAGGCGAAAGAGAAAUGA